GGCUUCCUGUGAAGCGCUUAGGUGUCCAUAAGCUGCUAAAUGUUUCUUUUAUUUCCCACUAUUUCAUUCAUGUUUAUAACUGAAAAAUAGUAAUUAUUCAAUGAUACAGAGAUCAUUGUGCAGUGGGAAAGUCGAGGAAUACACUUCUUUUGGACUUGUAUCGGCACUUUGGCACGUUUGUUCAGGACAUUAGCUGCAGAAGCUAGCAGGUUGAUCCGAGUGGAGGCAGCGGCGCUCCGGCGGCCUGAGCUGAUUUAACUGUGCUUCCAUGGACAGCAAGUGUGUGAGCAUCUAAUCAACACUUGGUCUUAUGGCUUCCCUCUCGCCUUGACCUCUUGGUUCAACCAGGAUCCAAAAUGAGCAUAAGCAGUGAUGAAGUCAAUUUCCUUGUGUACAGAUACCUGCAGGAGUCAGGCUUCUCCCACUCAGCCUUCACCUUUGGCAUAGAGAGCCACAUCAGUCAGUCCAACAUCAACGGAGCUUUGGUGCCCCCUGCUGCCCUCACAUCCCUCAUCCAAAAAGGCCUGCAGUAUGUGGAGGCUGAAGUCAGCAUCAAUGAGGAUGGUACCCUGUUUGAUGGGCGACCAAUUGAGUCGCUGUCCCUGAUUGAUGCGGUGAUGCCAGACGUGGUGCAGACGAGGCAGCAGGUGUAUAAGGAUAAGCUGGCUCAGCAGCAAGCUACCGCUACCACCAGUGCCUCAGUGGCCAGUGCUGCCAAGAAUGGAGAGAACACUGCUAAUGGAGAGGAGAAUGGCGCGCACUCGUUAGCUAACCACCAUUCAGACAUGAUGGAGGUGGACAGGGCUGUGGAGAUCCCAGCCAGUAAAGCCAUGGUGCUUCGGGGCCACGAGUCUGAAGUCUUCAUCUGUGCUUGGAACCCCGUCAGUGAUUUGUUGGCGUCUGGUUCGGGAGACUCGACUGCACGGAUUUGGAACUUGAGUGAGAGCAGUGCUGGAGGGUCCACUCAGCUGGUGCUGCGUCACUGCAUACGGGAGGGGGGGCAGGAUGUUCCCAGUAACAAAGACGUCACCUCAUUGGAUUGGAAUAGUGAAGGUACACUUCUAGCCACAGGAUCCUACGAUGGCUUUGCCAGAAUAUGGACUAAAGAUGGUAAUCUUGCCAGUACUCUGGGGCAGCACAAGGGUCCCAUAUUUGCUUUAAAGUGGAACAAGAAAGGAAACUUUAUCCUCAGUGCCGGUGUUGAUAAGACCACCAUAAUUUGGGACGCUCACACAGGAGAGGCCAAACAGCAAUUUCCAUUCCAUUCAGCUCCUGCUCUUGACGUGGACUGGCAAAGCAACAACACAUUUGCCUCAUGCAGCACGGACAUGUGCAUUCACGUGUGUAAACUGGGCCAGGACCGGCCAGUCAAGACAUUCCAGGGCCACACAAAUGAAGUCAAUGCCAUCAAAUGGGAUCCAACGGGGAAUCUCUUGGCAUCCUGCUCUGAUGACAUGACGCUAAAGCUUUGGAGCAUGAAACAGGACACUUGUGUUCAUGACCUGCAAGCCCACAGUAAGGAGAUAUACACCAUCAAAUGGAGCCCUACUGGACCUGGAACCAACAACCCCAAUGCCAAUCUCAUGCUGGCCAGUGCAUCAUUUGAUUCAACGGUGCGUCUGUGGGAUGCAGAGCAUGGGGCCUGCAUCCACACACUGACCAAACAUCAGGAGCCUGUCUACAGUGUGGCAUUCAGCCCAGAUGGAAACUACCUGGCCAGCGGUUCCUUCGACAAGUGUGUCCAUAUAUGGAACACUCAGAGUGGUGCUUUAGUCAACAGCUACCGAGGGACAGGCGGCAUUUUUGAAGUAUGCUGGAACUCUACUGGGGACAAAGUGGGCGCAAGUGCAUCAGAUGGAUCGGUUUGUGUAUUAGACCUAAGGAAAUGACGCUACCGUUGGGAAGCCAUGGACCGACAAUGAAUGUGUGCAUAGCCAAAUUUACUGACUGUCCCUGGCCCUUCAUCCACUGCUGUAGUCCACGCGUGAGAUCCCAGACCACAGCCUAGACCAACAGUCUCUCUCAGCCCCAUCAUAACGGACCCAUGAAGCUAAACAUAUGCAUACAAAAGCAGUGUGAUCAAGGACUGUUAAAUAGAAACACGUGUAACACAUGAGAAAUAAACCGCCUUUUCACACACACACACACCAUAUACGCCAUCAUUAGUUCCAUAGUUGAUCAUUCCAAACCCCCGGGCUGAGGUCCACACCGAUGUUGUGUGCAUAUUGUACACACAGCGCUAUGUAGGACGAUUUUUGUAUUUCGUUAGGUGUAAUUACUUGAGCUAAAGGGCAGAGCUGUUUAAUAUGGCAAGUUAAUGGUCAUAUGAUGUUGACAAUUCAGAGUAUUGUAUUAGCACUGUAUGUUUAGAGACGUUUGGAAAUGUUCUCCAAAAGAUGCUCAAGAACUUUUUUUUUUUUUUAGAGAGAAAGAGAGAGAACUUUGAGAGAUCAUUUGAUUAUCUUUAUAUAGAGAGAGAGAGUGAUAAGAGUACAGAAAGCUUAUUAAAUCACUUACAGAUAUAUUUUUUAAAACCAAUGCCCUGUGUUAUUUGUACAACCUAUGCAACUUUGUGGUAAGACAAAAUUUAAUGUUCAGUGCAUGGAUGGGUGAAACUCAUAUGGGGAAACGAAGAAUACAGGCUCCAUAGGUUAAGCCCUUUCAAGAUGGAUAAUAGGCCCACCCUAAAAACACAAUGCUAACAAAAUAGCUAUCAGGCAAUAAAUAUUUGUUAUGGAGACACUGGGGUAGUUUUUGGGUGGUUUAAGGUGGAAAUCCCAUAAUUAUCCUCUCACCACCCUCAUAAGAUGUGUAGGAUGCUUAAAGGAAUAUUUCGGGUUCAAUACAAGUUAAGGUCAAUCGACAGCUUUGUGGCAUUAUGUUAAUUACCACAAAAAUGUAUUUCGACUCAUCCCUCCUUUAAAAAAACUGGGUUACAAUGGAAGUGAAUGGGGACCAAUCCGUAAACAUUAAAAUACUCACUGUUUCAGAAUUGUAGCAACAAGAUGUAAACAAUAUGCGUUAAUGUUAUUUUAAUGUAAAAAAGUAGCUUUCUAUCCAAUUUUACAACUCCACGAUGACGUAAUGCUGUAAACCCUAAAAUGACAUUUUAAACAACUUUACAGGUCAAAUAUACAUGAGCAUUAACAUUAUUUGUUAGUAUAUGUUAUAAAAUUAUAAGCUUCACAUUUCUGACUUUAAACGCUCCAAAAAAUUGCCCCCAUUCACUUCCAUUGUACGUGCUUCACUGUAACUCAGAUUUUUGCUUUUAUAUUUCAAAGAAAAGGAAGAAUGAGUCAAAAUACAUUUUUGUGGUAAUCAACAUUAUGCCACAAAUGCUAUCGAUUGAGCUUAACUUGUAUUGAACCCAGAAUAUUCCUUUAACGUGUGAAACAUUUUUCACUCAGCUCACUUGAAAUUUGACUCAAUCUGUUACAAAUGUUUUUCUCCCAGAGAAAAGCCACAUGGAACACCCUACUGCUUUCUCUUGUAUAGUGGUCUUUCUUUAUGGCUAUGUCUGUCAUUUCCUGCUUUUAUAGAGGUCUGAACUACAAAUGACCAUUGGGUCUGGUCAUUAUAUACUUUUUUUUUUUUUUUUUUUUUGUAUUACAAUGGAUUGGUAUGUGUGUGAUUGUAACAGCCUUAGUCUUUAGGGCUUCAUGUGAGGUAAGAAUCGAAUGCAGCAUGGAGUGAUUAUUAUGGGACAGUGUAGGGAAGUGGAUAACCCAUUUGAUUUAUCCAAUAUGGUAGUCCAAAGUCAGGUUGAGGUGGUGCUGCUGCUUUUGUGUUAUGUUUUGUCUUAUUGUAAAAUUACUUUAUUGCUCUGUGAAGGUGGUGAUUUAAACGGAGACUGACGUGGAGAAACGGUUUAACAUGAAUACAAAAGAUGUGACCACAGAGAAGUUUUUCUUCCAUGCUACUGUUCUGAAAGGAGGGAUUUUAAAGUUAAGUCCUCCCUUAAUGGUUGGGAUUUAUUUGCACCUGGGUUUUUCAGUGUAAUGGCACAUUGAUUUGGUGUUCUUUUUUUUUUAAGCCGUCACAUGUCUUUAUAAAAUACCAUUAGACAGUCAAUCUACAGAAGCAGCUUUUACCUAGCACACUUGUGUCACCUCCCAGCACUUUAGACAUUUUCCCAAGAAAUCAAGUGAGCACUUAAAACAUCUUUAACUUUUGAACUGAAAUUACUUAAGUGACAUUAAACAUUUACUUGAAAACAAACCAGAUCUUCAUAUAAUUGUUAAGAGGGCAAGGUGACUGGUUUCAACUAAUGUAAUUCUGUUUUGUUUUUUCCCAUUUUUAAAUAAAUACGUAGCCCAAAAUGCGUACAAAUACCUUUUAUCUACCUAAUGAUAAACUGUAAUAUGAAUCACCCUCCAAAUAAUUUCAAAAUGUCAUUAUUUAUUUUAAGAGAUUAGUAUUGAUAAGCUUGCUCUAAUACACUGAUCAACCACAAUAUUAAAGCCACCUGUCUAAUAUUGUGUAGACCCCCCCUUGUGCCACCAAUCCACAUCUCAGAAUAGCAUUCUGACAUGAUAUUCUUCUCACCACAACAACUUUACAGAGCGGUUAUCUCAGUUACCGUAGACUUUUUCAGUCUGGCCAUUCUCUGUUGACCUCUCUCAUCAACAAGGUGUUUCUGUCUGCAGAACUGACACUCACUGGAUGUUUUUUGUUUUUGGCACAAUUCAGAGUAAACUCUAGAAUCUCUCUCAUCUACAAGGCAUUUCCAAUCACAGAACUGCUGCUCACUGGAUGUUUUUUGUUUUUGGCACCAUUCUGAGUAAAUUCUAGAGACUGUUGUGUGAAAAUCCCAGGAGAUCAGCAGUUACAGAAAUACUGAAACCAGCCCAUCUGGCACCAUCUGAUUAUCUAAUCAGCCAAUCGUGUGGCUGCAGUGUAUAAAAUCAUCCAGAUACGGGUCAGGAGGUUCAGUUGAUGUUCACAUCAACCAUCAGAAUGAUAUUUUGACCUUGGCAUUAUUGUUGGUAUCAGACAGGCUGGUUUGAGUAUUUCUGUAAUUACUGAUCUCCUGGGAUUUUCACACUCAGUCUCUAGAAUUUACUCAGAAUG